ACACACCGCAAUAAUGAAAUCAAGGCUCGUCAUCCACGGCAGCGGGGCGUUCGGCCGAAUCGGCGGCCGCAUCGCACUUCUGACCUUGGCUGCUGUUGGCUGCAUCCUGCUGAUUAACGUGACGCAUCCGCAGCAAGUCAUAGAAGCGCGGCAAAACAUGCAGCAGCAGGACCAGCCGGUGACGGCAUCAUCUUCUGAGGGCCUAUACAGAGGACAGCCAAUCAGCCAGCUCUGGGCACGCAAUCUUCCCGAGCAGGCUUGGCUCCCCGACCCCCAGUGUCGCCACUUUGUCACCAAGUUCGCCCGGGACAAUUGCCUGGAAGUGGUACGUCUAGCGUCCUUCCCGAGGUCCGGCAACACCUGGACCCGCUUCAUGCUGGAGACGGCUACCGGCCUGUACACCAGCUCUGGAGGACCUAACUACAUCAAGUAUGUCAAGGGCGAAAGCUUACGACGUUCAGACGAAGAGAUAUGGAGCCACGUCAAGAGUCAAAAGAGGGCUGAACUAGCCCACCUUGGCUUCAUUGGCGAGACAAGCCUCUGGACGCAGGGCACCACAAUAGCGAUGAAGACUCACAACUUUCCCGAGCCAUGGAAUGCCACAGAAGCCGAGAUAGACGGAUACAACUGGGCAACGUUUGCUGCCAAACACCAC